AUGGCUUUGGCUCUUGGUCGAGAGUCGGUCUUCUUCUCCUGGCAAGACGAAGCCGAGGCCUUUAAGCCGGCUUUGCCACAGAUCAGAAUCUCCGCCUACUCUGGCAAGACUAUUCAGGAGGUCCAGCGCUCCUGCUUGAAGUGUGGAAACACAUACCGCCGACUGCGCAAGUUUGUCGACACUACAUACCUGAAGAACCCGACGCCUUGUCGUGUUGCUCUGGCGAGCGCCGUGGACAAGGCCCUGUUGGUCGUUCAAAGCAGUAUUGCUUUACACCAUCAACACCCACGGUCGAUCCUCCAAGUCCAAUCCCUUGUCGUCCACAUAUCCACCAUUCUGCGCCAGUUCGAGUCUUUGGUGUCGAACAUACGACGUGGCCAUUUGGACGAAGAUGUGUUUGUCAUCGUUUUCCAGCAAGCCCAGUCUGCCGAGUACGCCGAGAUUCAUCUCAGAGACAUGAUGCGGGAAGUCCUUCGGCGGGUGUCCAAACCUUGGAUCGAGCUAGUCGAAGAAUGGAUUGGCACCCGCCGCGAAGUUGGCGUGCCGCUGGGCAAGCAUGAAGUGGGCAGACAGAAAGGCUUCAUCAAGGUUGAAUCUGAGACUUACAUCGACGACUUCGGUGACGAGGUAGACGAAGUCGAUUACCGGUUGGACAAGCAACGGAUACCCAGCUUUAUGCCAGAAGACGUGGUUAAAUCUCUCUUCGAGGUUGGACGAAAUCUUCGUUUCAUCAGGUCGACGCACCCAAAGCAUCCCUUGGCACAAGACCAUGUUGUCUCCUCGAGCAGACCUCCUGUGUUGGAGUGGCUGUUUGACUGGGACUCUAUCGUACAGCUGGAAGGUAGGGUCCAUUCUUACGAACGAGCCCUACGAGAAGCUGUCAGUGUCUAUGUUACAGAAGAAUCGACAGAAAUCGAGACGCCAGCAUGGCCGAUGGGUGGUUCAGCAACAUACCAGCUACAACUAUUCGGUCUGAAUGAGCUUCAGUUACAAAACAAACUGGCCGAAUCCAUCUACGACUUUGCACAGCCAAUCGCCGACUCAACAUCAGACGACCCACUGGGAAUUAUCAUUAGGGAGCGCCUAUCUGACGUUACAACCGAAGCUGCAAAUGCAGGUACCGAUUUCACUCCGCACUGGUCACUGCUUCCUGUCCUCUCAUUCGGAUCGAUUAUAGCGGCACAAUCCAGAGUUGUUGGCAGGGAAAGUCUAAAGUUGCUCUUCACAUCUCACAAUCUGCGGGAUCAUUUGAAGUUGCAAAAAUCGUUCCACUUGCUAGGCAAUGGCUUCUUCUGCAGUCGCCUCUCCCACGCGCUGUUCGACCCAGAUCUCGAGACGGCGGAAAGACAAGCCGGUGUUGCUCGCCAGGGCGGCGUCAUGGGACUGCGGCUGAGUGGUAGAGACACUUGGCCCCCAGCCAGUUCAGAAUUGCGUCUAGCACUGAUGGGAGUUCUGACGGAGAGCUACGAAGGACCUAUUCAAGAAGGCCUCAAGCCUCGAGACGGCGAAAAGAACGAGCUUCCCGGCGACUUGAGUUUUGGUGUUCGGAGCUUAUCCAGCGAAGAGAUCGACAAGUGUAUGGACCAAGACGGACUAGAAGCGCUUGAUUUUCUUCGACUGUCAUAUAAGCCUCCAGCUGCAUUAGGAGCUAUCAUUACGCCCAUCAUCUUGGUGCAAUAUGACCGGAUCUUCAAGUUGCUGCUCCGAGCGCUUCGGAUGCAAUACACCAUCAACCGCCUCUUCCGCGAUGUUACGGCUAGGGAGUCGGGUUGGCAUGAUGUCGAGGAUGUGUCUGUCCGCUUCUGCUUUGAAGCUCGUCACUUCGUCUCCAGCCUCAACUCCUAUAUCUUCGACACCGGUAUUGAGAUGCCUUGGCAGAAUUUUGAGGGCUUGCUUGACAAAGUUGAAUCUGAUCUCAAGAGUGAAGACCAAGAGAGGUUUUCUGGGUCGGUCCUCAGCCCUGACCGUCUGCGAGAACACCAUUCUCAAGUACUAGAUCGGAUCAUGCUGGCACUACUGCUGCGGAAACGACAACAGCCUGUGCUCAAGUUGCUUGACGAUAUUUUCCGAGUCAUCUUGAACUUUGCCAAAUACUCCAGGCUCCAGUCCGAUGGGCGAAGGUCUCGCAGCCAGGAUGACACGACAGCAAGGAGUCUCUACAAGACCUUCAAGCGGAAUGUCGAGGUUUUUGUGACGGUUUGCAAAGGUUUGAGUGAGAAGGGAGACUAUGGAACAAAGAAUGAUACAAUGGGCCAGACAGGAAACUCGCGGAGAGUUGACUCUUUAGAGGACAACCCUAUUGCACAGCUCCUCCUGAAGCUUGAUAUGUCCGGUUACUACUCUAAAGCGUGA